UCAGCAUUUCAUUUCAGUUUUGACUUUAAAGCAGAAAGGACAAGUCUAUUACUGAAUUUUGAAACUCAAAGAUUUUAGAUUAGACUGCAGUAUUCUCCAAUUGUUUUAUAAAUCACUUUUACAGAGUAUUUUAUCAUUUGGGCUAAUCUGUGUCUAUGGAAAUAUGCACGUACAGGACCACAAAAAAUUGCAGCGUAUCAUUAAAUUAGCCAGCCGGGUUAUUGGUGUGGACCAGACAUCUGCAGUCAAGCUGUACAAUGAGCUUAUUUUAAGACAGAUGGAUCAAAUUUUAACUGACCCAACACAUCCUCUGUUCCCAAAGUUUUUAAGAAGCACCAGGUCUAAUAACAGAUUUCUGCAGAGGCCAAUCAGGACAGCGAGUACAACUUUAGUUUUUGAUGCUGAAUGGCAACUAUGUUGAACAACAGCAGUGGUUUCAGGGAAGUUAACAUAUCCAGCACAACACCCUUUGAUUACUCAAAUAUUGAGGAACCAUGUGAUUAUGGAACCCAUGCAAGCCAUUUUCUCCCAGUGCUCUACUCCCUGUUCUUCGUGGUGGGCUUCCUGGGAAAUAUGCUGGUGCUGUGGGUGAUCCUGAGAGGUGCUCAGGUGAAAAGCAUGACUGACGUGUCUCUCCUGAACCUGGCCAUUGCUGACCUCCUACUAAUCAUCUCUCUCCCCUUCCUGGCUCACUAUGCCCAAAGUGACUGGGUUUUUGGUGGUGCCAUGUGCACGUUGGUCCUUGGCGUGUAUUGCAUUGGAUUUUACGCUGGCAUUUACUUUAUUGUGCUGAUGAGCAUCGACAGAUACUUGGCUAUUGUCCAUGCUGUGUUUGCCUUGAGAAUCCGAACAAAGGCUUGUGGGAUUUUAGCGAGCAUGGGAAUUUGGAUUACAGCUAUUGCAUCAUCAUUUCCUGAGCUACUGUAUCUUGGAGUCGAUGAGACUAAAAAAUUUUGCAGUGGUUAUCCAAAAGAUGAAAAUCACAAUGAUGUGAGAAGUACAGGUUUCAUAAAAAUGAAUGUUUUGGGCCUGCUAAUUCCGCUGGGUAUCGUCGGAUUUUGCUAUACGAUGGUGCUACAGAAGCUUCAGACCCUUCGUAAUUCCAAGAAACUGGCCAUUCGUCUUGUUGUUGCGGUCAUGGUGGUCUUUUUCUGCUGUUGGGCACCAUACAACAUUGCAGCAUUCCUCAAAGCACUGGAAAUAAAGCGCAUCCUGCCUUCAGGGUGUGAGCUCAGCAAAAGGAUCCAGCUGAUGCUGCAAGUCACUGAAGCUCUGGCAUACUCACACAGCUGCCUCAAUCCAUUUCUCUAUGUGUUUGUGGGUGAAAAGUUCAGGAGGCAGCUCGCCAGGCUCCUUCUCCAGACACCAUGCAUCCAUGUGCAGUGUAUGAAGCGCUAUGCGAUCCGGGCUGCAAACUCUGUGCAUUCAAAGAACGCAAGUGUGGAUGAAUGUUCAGCUGGUGUCUGAUUGGCGGAACAUUAAAAAAAAAAAUUAACAACCCAGAAUAUGCAUAAAUGCAGAAACUUUCAUUUUGUAUUUGCAUGUGUUACACUUCCCUGCUUUUAGGUAAAGAUUAUCAUAACAUGCUUUUUUAAAUACAUUGUACACUCUCAAAGUAUUACCUUUUUCACUUUUAAUCUUUCAGCUGAAAAUGUAUAUAUAGUGUACCUUUUAAAAAAGAUGUAUAAUACACAAGACAUACUGGUGCAUACACACAUGCAAGAUUGUGGUCACGUGGUCGUUUGAUGUGUUGUUCGUCCACGUCCUUAGAAUUCUGCUAGGUGUCAGUUGGUGCAAAACCAGAGUAAAUAGUGGGGCAGUGUAGCACCAUGUAGCUGAUUAAACAAAUUAUAAUUGUG